AUGCUUUUUCCCCCUUGUGAUGGUAACACAUUGACUGAAAAAGCUGGUCAGAAAAUAUUGUUUCUCAACUGGACACCACCGCAAUUCAAUGGCGACGAUGAUCAAACAAAAUCGAGAUUAAAAAAACAAGCACAAAAAUUUAUUUCGUCAGCAAUGCAAUAUGUUACAACAUAUGUUAAAGAAAAUCUAGAAACAAUUGCAUUUUCAAUAAAUGAAUGGGAAAAAUAUCCAUACAAAAAGCAGCUAGUCGACGAAAUUCUUAACGAAAUGAAACGACAACUUGAGACAAGGAUCGGUUGCAGGUGGCGAAUUCAAUUUAUUUUUGUGUCAUGUGACGAAUUAUAUAAAGUGUUUUUACGAAAAAUUCUAUCAUUGCAAACGGCUCAAGAUGGUUACGUCGACUUUUCCAUACCAACACCAAUAAUUCAGAUCACACUCUCAACUUCAAAAACUAAUAAUUUAAUUAAAUGUCGGAACACAAUCAAUAACUAUAUUAAAAAAUCUGUUCACAUAACCAAAAAACUGGAUGAUGCAGCUGAUUUAAAAAUGUUUGAUCAACAUCAGAUUAAUGCUUUUUACAAAUAUUGUAUAGAGAAUUCGGUCAUUCCAAUAAUCAUUCUUACCUUUGGUCAACAACAGCUAGAAUUAUCGGGUCCGAUCCGAGCUGUUGAAGAAACGGAACAGAAAUAUUAUAUAAUAUCGGAAAUAUUAAAAAGGAAAGUUUUACCAGCUGCCUCUGAACUUUCUAAACCAUUGAAGCCAGUAACCAUUACUGAUUCCUUCAAUAUCAUGAUAAGUUGUGGUCAACCGGAUCAGAAGUUCUGUCAACGACUAAAAGAUCGUCUUAUUGAUGAAGGUUAUUUAGUAUGUGUCAGUACGACCGGUAAUCAAACAUCAUUAAUUGAUAAAUCGGAUUUAAUCAUCAUCUAUUUCACUGAAGAUUAUUCAAGAAAUAUUGAAGAACUGAAAUGCGCUCAGUCUUUGGGAAAGAAACUGUUAACAGUGAAAUCUGGAAAGCUAUCAUAUAGUGGAAAAUGUAAUUGGCUACAUUCAAUGCGAACUCUGGAAUUAUCUUAUGAACUGCUAAGUGUUGGAAUCGAUUUUGAAUUAGAUGAACAUAAUUUCGAUCGAGAAUAUGAAAAGUUAUUAGUUAUAGUUCUUCAGCAUACUAAACCCGGAGUUAUCGGUCAACCUGCAACUUCUCAAAGAUUUUUUAUGUUUUUAAAAUUAAUAGAGAAAGAAAGAGCACAAUUACAAGGUUAUGUAGAUGAAUUAAUUUCAUGUAUAAAACGUUGGCAACGACUAGAAACCAAUGUUUUAAAACAAAAUGUGAUACCAUUCACCCCAACUGGUGAUAUUAAUGAUGCCAUAUUUUCAAUGCCUCUCAAUAAUAAACAACCGUGGUGUGAUUUUGAAGAGAAAUCCAAAUGGUGUGAUCCACCCAACGAUUAUUUCUGUCAUGAACCAUGGCUCAAUGGUUCUUGGUUUACGCUUGAAGAAUCAUUUGAUUAUUAUCGUAAAGUAAUUAAUAAAGAUACAUUACGUCGUCUUCGUCGUCUUGAACAUCAUCAAUUGAUUAUUGCAGCUGACGCUACGCUUCAAUCUACUGUAACAGAAACUGAAGAACAUCCAGUUUUUAUAACAAAAAUUAAAAAAGAAAUGAUUGAAGAAAUUAAUAAAGAUGAAAAUAAUUCCGAUUUAAUACAACAAUGUAGAAUUGGUAAUGAAUUAAAAACAAAAGAAGAAAUGCAAAAGCUUGAAAAACUUGAUGAUUUAAAACGAGUAUGGAAAAAGCCUAAAUGUUAUCCUGAAUUUAUUGAAUUGAAAAAACGAAAUAUAAUUGAAUUUCAAGAAUUAUGUCUAAGAACCACAGUAGCACUAAUCAGUAACAGAGGUAUGCGUUUUGGUUUGCAGCCCAUUAGUAAUAUUAGUAGUUUUGCUUUAAAUGAAUCACAAGGUCUGCAGCUUCUAGCUGCUAUUUGUCAUGAAUUAGCUAAUAUUAAUACGUUGAAAUUAUUUGAUAAUCCUACGAUUAUUGAUCAUGAAUUAUUUAUUUUUAUACAGCAUACAUUUGAAAUGUUACUGACAAAAUCAAAUUAUUUACAAUAUUGUAAAAUGACAAAAGUGGAAGAACAAUGUUUUUAUGAAAUAAGUUAUUUGGUAGCACAUUUAUGUUUAUAUCGAAAUGAAUCCUUGACGUGUUUCUACACACGAGGAACCAUCAAACAUCCGAAUGAACUAAAAAUAAUCGAUGAUAAACAUACUGCUGAUAAAAUACCCCGUAUCAAUCAUUAUAAACACAUAGUACCAUCAACAAAAGUUAUUGCUAGCAAGUUAAUUGAAAUUGAUAAUCAGAAAGACAUCGUUGACAAUAUUUCUCACAUUAAUCAUCAUCAACAUACACUUGUGCCACUAGUAAAACUUGUUGGUGGUAAAUUGAUAACUCUGAAAACAGAAGUUGUUGCUAGUCAGCCGAAAUAUGAGAUAUCUGCACCUUUACCAAAAGAAGUCGAAAAACCAUCAUUAAAAUAUGAUAAACAAUCAUAUCAAGAUAUAUUUAUAACAAAACGGUUUCUUACUAAACUCGCUCAAACUAUUAAUGAUUUAGCCAAAAAUGAGUAUGAUGCACAACACGUUAUAUAUAAAGUUGUUGAUCGACUACUUCGUCUCUGUUCAAAGUUAAACGAUAUUGAUAUCGAUCUUCUACUAGAUCCCAUUGUUAGAUGUCUUCUUUCAAAAUAUUAUCUAACCGUUUUUGAUACAGUUGAUCUUCGACAACCGUUAUUUGAUCCAAAGCAGUUAUUUUUCAUUUGUGAAUGUCCUGAUUUUAUUGUACAGCAUGGAUAUAAACGACAAAAUAAAAUAGCGAUGGAAUUAUGUAAACCAAUGUUGAAAAAUACUCAGCUAAUAUUUGCUAAACAUUUAUCAAUUAUUCUUGAAGGUGAUAAUAUUAUUGAUCCACCAUAUAAUAUUUGGAAAAGAAAUAAUAAAAGUAAAGAAAAAGGUGCCCGAAUGCAAGCAUUAACGUGUCAUAUUAAACUGUUGAACUAUUUCGCUCUGACUCCAUCAACCAAGAAAGAAUUUUAUUCUGAUCUUUUAAUCGAUAAUAUUAGUUCAAUAUUGGGUACACCAGCAUUGAUUGAUAGUGUACAUCGAAAUCAUCAAUUAUUUCAUGUUGAUGUUGGAUUUGUAGCUUAUUGUGUUAUUUUAUUAUAUAAUUUAGCGUUUGAUAAAGAAUUAUUUAAAAUAUUAAAAGCGAAAAGCGUCAUUGACAUCUGUAAAACAUUACAUACAGCUAAAGAUGAUACAAUACAUUUUGCAUCACAAACACUUUCAACAAUUCUUCAACAAACAGAAAUUGAUCAAAUUAAAGAGCCAUAUCCUUUAACAGAAGGAUAUUUGUAUUUUAUUGAAAAUACAAUUGAUGAACCAAAUCGGAUAUAUCAUGGUGUUCAAUUAGAAGGAGUAUUAGAAGAUUUAGAAAGCUUAGAUCAACCAUAA